GACAGGCUAGCCAGUAACCUAUACAUGAAAGCACACGCAUUGAAUGUGCUUUUAAUACUCAACAACAAUAAAGCCAAGUAAUAAAAGACAGUUUGGGCGCUGAUAAAGAGGACUGCUCCCGGUAUGGGACGUCGUGAACUCAACAGCAGGAUAGCGCCUGAUGAAUUGACGAGCGAUGCUAUAACGACUGUUAGCAUGUGUUAGCAUGCUGGAGGCAAUAUCGAUGUGGAGAACCAGCGGGACGUUCCCUGCUGAAUGAGCCGAUAACAGUCCACAUCGUGACGGCUGGGGAAGGUAGUGCCACCAUGUACACGAGCCCUAAACGUCCCAUCAAGUCCGGCUGCAACACAAGCUCCAGCGUCCCAGAGCUGCUGACCACCCUGUGUGACAGCAGCCUGGCUGGGGUGUCGUGGAAGCGUCGGGCCCUGGGAGGCGUCUCAAGAGAAGGCUUCCGGAGAGCUCUGAAGAAGCGAGCCUACGGCGCUCUGCUGGCCAAGCUUUUCCAGGACAGCGCCAAAGCACCCGCCACGUCGGUGUCCACGGCGAGCCCGCCUCCGAGGAACAGAGUCCUGAUGAUAUGUUUUGACCUGAGGGUGGCAGGCUGUCGGGGGGAGGCAGAGAGGCUGGAGGAGCUGCUAGAGAAGCUUCCGGACGGGGCCUCAUCUGGCUUGAGCGAAGUGGAUUCUGUCCUCGAGCUCCUGGUGCACCUGGCUGGCUCCUCGCCCCCGACGCCGCCCUCCUUCAGUCGGGACUACAUGAGGCGGGAAAGGGCCGUUCUGCGCAGGCCCGCACCCUGGCCCUACCAGAGCGAGGAGCUGCAGAGGCUGGAGGCCCAUGCCUGGACGCUCGUGUGCAGCGAGGAAUGGGCGUCCUUGGAGCGCUUGUGUGAAACUCAGAGCUUGAUGGAAGGUCAGCCACGCGCAGGCUUGUUGGCUCUGAGGACUAAAAUGGACAUAGAGGAAAAAUUUGAGAAGGAGACCAGGCUGACCUUGUUUGGAGCCUUGCAGCACACUCGUACCACAGACCUGGACAUCAGACUGGACCUUCCCCCUGUUCCCAGCAACGUAGAUGUAACUGGGCUCCCCAUCAGGAUUCCACCUUGUUUGGAUCAGUCUGACGAUGAAGGCUUCCAGUCCGCCUCCAACAUGACGCCGGACUCUCAGUCGGAGCCCAGCCCCGGUCCAGAGAUGGAUGUGUGGGAGGCUCUGCAGACGUUCGAGCCCGGAGUGCGCUGCUGCUGGGAGUCCGUUGGCUGGCCGCCCGGCAGGAGAGAGUCUCUGUACUUGAGCGAGAGCGGCAGAGAGGGCUUCGACCAGCUCUAUCGCCUUUGGGAGGGCGAGAUGAGGGUGGUUAGCGCCAGUGUGCCCUCCCCGCUCAUCCCACUGCCCGUCGACUCUCAGGGGCAGCUCGUGGGUGACCUCCUGAACGUGCUGAUUGGUGUGGCGUCCACCACCUUCCCUCUCAACCAGAGUGUCCAGUUCGACGUCCGCCCCGGCGUGUGCGUAUCAGGAGCUUCUCCGGAAAGCGUUUCUCGUCUUUUGGGCGAACUGGGCCAGUACGGCACCUACUACCUGAGGCUCAGUCGCUUCUCACUGCAGAGCCCUGAAAAAAAGGGCCUGGUCUUCCAGGCGUUCACAGGGGGUCUGAGGAAGUACUUGCAUUACUACAGAGCGUGUGUUCUCAGCACCCCUCCCAGACUCAGCCUGCUGACCAUUGGCUUCGUCUUCCGCAAAGUUGGUCAACAGCUCAGGUAUCUGUCAGAACUGUGCCGUGUGGACGGGCCUCUGGGUGGCGACUGGGCCGCCUUCCCUGUGGGUGUGAAGCUGCUCUCUUACCUGUACAACGAAGCCCAGAACAACUGCAGCAACGAGAACUACCCGGUGCUGCUGUCCCUCCUCAAGAGCAGCUGUGAGCCGUACACCAGGUUCGUGUCCGACUGGGUUUACAGUGGCGUGUUUCGAGAUGUUUAUGGCGAGUUCAUGAUCCAAGUCAAUGAAGAGUACCUUGGCUUCAGAGACAAACACUUCUGGGUCCAAGGAUACACUUUGAUCUCUAAAGAUGUGGAGGAGUGCGUGCCCGUCUUCCUGAGGCAUAUCGCCAAUGACGUGUACGUCUGCGGGAAGACCAUCAACCUCCUGAAAAUAUGCUGCCCGCAGCACUACAUCUGCUUGUCGGAGCUUCCCGUGCCGCGCAUCGCCGUCACCUUCUCCCUGCAGGAGGUGGAGGCGAUCGAGAAGGACUGUGCCGUGUACCGCGGCCGCAUGGAGAGGAUCGCCAAGCACAGAGCCGUCAGCCGGGAGGUCCAGGCCCAGCGAGCGGAGGAGGUGCGCCAGGAGCUGAUCAAUCAGGUCAGAGCGUCAGCAGCCAAAACCCUGGAGAGCAUUCGCGGGCGCCAGGUGUCACAGCGUCUGGCUGAGGAGGCCAGAAAGAGGGAGCACUUCAAGGAGCUAAAGCAGCAUUUGGAACAAGAGCAGGAGUGGCGCAGAGUGGCCAAGAAGAAGCAGGAGGAAGACGACUUCAGCUUUGCCAGAGAACUGAGGGACCGGGAGAAGAGACUUCAAGCGCUGGAGGAGCAACUGGAGCAGAGAGCCAGGAAGGAGCUGAUCGCCCAGUACAGCCACCUGUCAGAAGAGGCGGCUCGUAAGGAGCGGCGGGCCUUGUGGAGGGCGCAGAGGAUGAGACUGGACGAGGCUCGAUCCAACUUCUUCAUCCACGACCGGCAGCAGUUGCGAGCCGUAUUGGAGAAGUAUCCUUUGGGCCAGGAAAGACCUCCUGCUUCACCGCCUCAGUACCUGCUAGCACUGGAAAGUCCCACAGAGCAGUUUCUGGAAACAAAACCAGAGGCGCCUGAAGAAUCACAACCGUCGCUUACAGUUGACACAGCCGCCUUCAUCUCCGGCGACUUUAUCCCAGAGUUGCCAAACCCCGAUAACAUCCAGCAGGGGGACACAGCCUUGCUGGAGACGGGCACAGAUGUCCCCGAAGCGUGUCCCACAGCACAGCUUAUAGACUACGACUUCAGCGCCCCCUUCAGUCCACUCGAAGGAAUCACCGGCCAGCGAUCCCCGGUCGCUUCCUUGCGGCUCAAGCUUCCUUGCGGCUCUGUCCCGCUGCAGCCUGACGUAAUCCGCAACCAUCCCUCCUUUUCCCACUUCCCCGUGGGGGAGAAUAUGUCUCUGAUCCACGACAGCCUACCCGUGGCCAGCCCCUUUGGCCAUGUUUCGAAAUCCAGCUUUUCCCUUGGACAGUACACCCCCGAGGAGCCUCAAAAUGUAUCCAGAUUUAAUGGGCUGCCUUCUCAGGAUGCUACGCUGCUAGGACAAGGUGACGGUUCUGUGCUUGUGGAGCAAGACAAAGUUGUGGAACCACAUGAGGAUGCGGCUAUAAAAGAUGAAGACGAUGCCCGUGCUCUAACACAAGAAAAACUCGGCAGUCUUUCUAAUAGUAAUGGGGUUUGCUCUUUCGAGGCACUUCUAAACCUGACCACCACUCAUUUAUCACAGUCUACGAUGGCGCAUCCCUCAGAUUCACACAUCAAGAUCGGUGAGUAUGUGUCGGACGUCGAAGCCCCUCAGCCUUCCCCGAACGUUCACGGCCACUCCUCGCAUGCCCACAUCAAAGUUGGAGAGAACGUGUCCAACUUUGUCAAUUCGCUCCCAACCCGAAACCUCCACGGUCACGUCUCGGACGCCCACAUCAAAAUCGGGGAAAACGUCUCGGAAGACUUCUCUCCACUGCCAUCUCCCAGCAUCCACGGUCACGUCUCGGACGCCCACAUCAAAGUGGGCGAGCACGUUUCGGACGUCUUGUCUCCCCUGCCCACGCCCGGUAUCCACGGCCACUCCUCUGACGCCAACAUCAAAGUGGGCGAGUUCGUCUCCAACGUGUUCGAAGCCAGACCCCGUUGGAGCAAGCACGGCCAUGUCUCCGAUUGCACCCUUCAGGUAGGCUGCGUGGUGUCCGGCUCGGCGCCGUUGCCCGGAAGCGCCCGCAGUCGCGUCUCAGACUCCAGCUUGGGCAGCGGCUGCAUGGUCACACAGAGCAACGUGCUUCCGUCCCCGCUGCCGGGCAGCCAAUACGGACACUCCUCGGACUCUGCUCUGGGAGUGGGUUGCGUAGUGUUAGGCACGGCUGGACAAUCCACCAUUCCACAGGGCGGCGAGAACGGCAACUCGUCACCUUCUUUGUUGGGAGCCGGGAAAGUGGAUCACAACAAUGAUGCCAAAGCUGGGGAGUCUGAGAUGCACGAGCAGCAAGAGGUGGGCAGCGGGUUUGACUCGUCCCCCAGAGAGAAGUCUGAACAUGCAUAUCUCCUGGCCUUGUCUGCUCAGUACCAGGUGGAGCGCUAUGAAGACUGCUACAGCCUCAUGGAGUCGUCUCCCGAGUGUCAGCUGCUCAAGCACGUCACCCGGGGCCCCUGCGUCGUCCUCGCUAAAUCCGUGCAGCUCAGCGAGAUGGUCUCCCUGCCGGUUCUGAUCAAACACUCGGUCACCGCCCCGCUCAUCACACACGUGUCGCUGGUGAACAAAGCAGUGGUGGACUACUUCUUCGUGGAGUUGGGGGUGGAGCGGCACUUUGAGGCGCUGCGCCACUUCCUGUUGAUGGAGGACGGCGAGUUUGCACAGUCGCUCAGUGAUCGGCUAUUUGAAAAGCUGGGCAGCGGGCAGACUCCCGGAGAGCUGCUCACCCCUCUGGUGCUCAACUCCAUCCUCAGCAAGGCGCUGCAGUACAGCCUGCAUGGCGACACGCCGCUCGCCGCCAACUUCACCUUCGCGCUGCGCUUCCUGCCCGACACCUUCCACCCGCACGCGCCCGACUCCCUCAACUGCCUGGAGCUGCGCUACAAGGUGGACUGGCCGCUGAACAUCAUCAUCACCGACAGCUGCAUGAACAAAUACAACCGCCUGUUCUCCUUCCAGCUGCAGCUCAAACACAUGGUGUGGAGCCUUCGCGACGUCUGGUUUCACCUUAAGAGGACGGCGUUGGUGAAAGGCGCGGGGCGCUCGGUGCAGUUCCGCCAGCUGCAGCUGUACCGCCACGAGAUGCAGCACUUCGUCAAGGUCAUACAAGGUUACAUCGCCAACCAGAUCCUGCAGGUGUCGUGGAGCGAGUUCACCGCCAAGACGGCCGCCGCCUGCGACCUGGACGCCAUCCACCGCAUGCACGCCGACUACCUCAACAGGGCCAUCUUCAGGGCUUUGCUGACGGAGAAGGCCGCUCCGGUGAUGAACAUCAUCCACAGCAUCUUCAGCCUCAUCCUCAAGUUCCGGGCGCAGCUGAUUGCGCUGCCCUGGGCCAGCCAGCAGGGUGAGGCGGUGCACCCCAGCUUCAUCGCCAUGCAGCAGUCGUACAACACCUUCAAGUACUACUCGCACUUCCUCUUCAAAGUGGUGACCAAGCUGGUGAACAGAGGCUACCAGCCCCAUUUGGAAGACUUCCUCCUGCGCAUUAACUUCAACAACUACUACAAAGACUCUUGACCACAUCACAUGAGCAUGCUCAUCCGCCUUCUGCUCUGUAUAUACAGAACCUGUACAAAUUCACUUGAACUAUUGUAAUGGCGAUGCCUCAGACAAUGUCCUCAUGUGUCUGGUGAUGUUUUCAAGCAUUUGCGUGCAUAAAUUAGUAUAUUUGUAGAAAUAAAUAAGUAAAGACAACAUG